UGCAUGCUGGGAGAAGACAAACAUCCAAUAUGGCGACCUUCACAGGGCAGGAUGGAAAGGCUGUCGGUACCUCAGAUGUGGACCUCUUACUGCACCCCGAGCUGCUGUCUCAGGAUUUUAUGCAGCUCAUCCUAACUGAGAAACAUGUCAGCACCAGAGGCUGUGAGAGUCGGGACCGGCUCACGGAGCUUUACCUCCGCCACGUCAUCCCGCUGCCGCAGAGGACUUUACCCAACAACCGCUGGGGCAAGAGGAUGGAGAAGAGCCGGGGGAGGCAGACACAGACACCGGCCGGCCACCGGUCAGACAGUUCCAGUAACGACCACAAUAGGAAAAGGCCUCUGAUUGUGUUUGACGGCACUUCCUCUCACCAUGGCCCACUUAAAGUAAAGAAACCAGAGGGAACCACCACGUCAACAGGAAUUACUGACAGGUUAAAACCUCCUCCUGCUGCAAACCUGUCCAACCCAAUCCGCAAGCUGUCUGGAAACACAUCUUCCUCAUCCUCAUCCGUUCAUUGCAGCGCUGACGUGGCAAACCUCAAACGGGAAGCCAACAGCGCGGGUGCAGUGAAGUCUCCAGAGGUGAAGAAAAAGAUCCAGCAUGUGACAUGGCCCUGACCUCUGACCCUGAUUGACACAGACCUGAUGGGAGCUCAGGCUCUGAAGGACAGACCACCUCCCUCCCACCACAUUUUUGUUGCCUAGUGUCAGCGCUCUCCCCAUCAUAUUUAUCUUACUAAUUACAAUAUAAAAGGGGUGAAAGCCCUUUUACCUGUGUGUCCAGGCCACCUCAAAGUUCAGUCUGGAGUGCUGACAGGAUGAGGAGGUGCUCCGCGGAUCAUCCUGCCGUUGAUGUCUCAAGCUUCCUUGUUGCUUUUCACAACCUCAAGUGCCCUUACCAUCAAUACUCAGUAACUCUCCUCAAGUCCCACACAUGGACGACAAAACAAGUAACACUGCUUUGUGUUCUGAAACGCCAUUUAUGGAAAUUGUGGUUGUUGAUAUUCUUUCUAUCUGUGCAUAAGAUGGUUUUUGGUCAGAGGGACUCCAGUACUGGUUUGUGAAAGUGUGAGUUUUUCAUUCGGUUUUCCUUAAAAGUUUGUAUUGAAGUGCUGCAGGGAUGACGUUUAUUUGUAGACCAACCCGGAAGUUACCAUUGCCGUGGUUCCCUCAGUAAAAAGCCUGUGGGAUUUUUUUCAUUGGAUUAUUGCAGAAAGUAAUCUCUGUGGUAAACAAAAGUUUAUGUUGUUCAUGAGUGAGGGUAGAAUGGAUCCUGAGAUGGAUCAGCGUUUUGGCGUGGUGUCUGCAGUGAUGCAGGCACUGUGACGGAUUGUUGUGGCGAAGAGGGAGCUGAGCCAGAAGGCAAAGCUUUCGAUUUACUGGUCCAUCUAUGUCCCAGUCCUCACCUAUGGUCAUGAGCUCUGGGUAGUGACCGAAAGAAUGAGGUCGCAGAUACAAGCGGCUGAAAUUAGUUUCUUCCAUGGGGUGUAGGCCUGUCGCAAUAUGCAAUAAGUUGGUUAAUUGCAUGGUAAAUUAAAAGGGAGACGGUAACUUUUCCGGCCGCGAUUAAUUGCCGUACUCAUGCAUGUUUGUUUUCCUCGUCUCUCUCCACCAAAGAGACUGGACAACAAGAGCGUUCACUGCCGUGCA